CUUAUAUCUGGAUAGCAUCACGCCUCAAUUGAAGGUCAAAAAGUCAAGUUUACAAAGUCCACAAUGGGGGCCACCACAUCUACUCCAGAGGAACCCUGCACCCUAGUUCCAAUCAACCUCCACAACGCAGCGGAAUACACCGAACUCCAAAUCCAACGCCAAAAAUGCGGCUGGGACUUCGAAGAUGCCAAGCUCGUCGAGUGGCGUGAAAAACAGGACGCAAAGCUCAAGUCGUUCUUUUGGAUCACCAUCCCCCCAUUACCCACAGAUAGUGGCGCAACUCGUAUCCGCGCCGGCCACAUCUCCCUAGACUCCUACGCUAGCCCCCCAGACCCCGAACUUGCCAUGGCUGAUCGCUCAUGCCUCACCAUCCAGACCUUUUUCAUCCUCCCCCAAUACCGGGGCGGCCUUGGGCGCAAAGCAAUGGAUUUGGUUGAGGAACUGGCAACCAAGGAGCCAUACGGCAGCCCCCAGUGUAAAUACCUCACACUGAACGCGAUAAGCAAACGGUAUUUCUACGAAGAGAGCGAUUUCUGGAACAAGCUGGACCGGGUACGGCCGGAAGUUUGUACGGUCGAGUGGUAUGAGAGACGGGGUUAUGUGUAUUGGAAGUCGGAACCGAGGUAUAGGGAGCGGCGAUUGGAUGGGGAUGAGGCGAUGGUUUAUUCAGAUUUUCUGAGGAAGCCCUUGCUGAAUUAGACGUGUUUGUUUUCGUCAGCUGGCUACGUUUGAGCGUGAUGAGCGUUUAAUGAUAUUUUCCAAGGGGGCUGUACAUAUGGAGCUUCCUGUUUUCUAUGUACUGGAUGUACGUAUAUGAUAUGGGAGGGUUAGUGAUCAACGUGCGCAUAGACUAUUUACUAUUUUGGAAUGCUAGGGGUUGACAUUGCAUGAAUCUCC